AUGCCAAACAGAAACCAACUCGUCUUUCUUACUGCCCUCAUCCUCCCCUUUGCAUUGCUUGUUUCUCUCGAGCAUUUCAUUCUCUCAUCGCUUCGCGCCAAAGGCUACGACUUGUCUCAGCUCAUUCUCAUUGGUCUCCCUAGAACAGAGGACGCUCCAAACAACAUGAGCUUGCACGCGGUAAACCUACCAUACUUUGGUACUCAGGAUCUCGUCGCUUUGGCUACCAACCCUGCCUUCAUUGUCAGUGGUGGACUCAUCCUUGCUGGAAUCCUAUACGCGACACUUUUUACUUCCGGAAGCCGCAAGGUCCUCGACCCCAAGGAAUGGCAAGAGUUCCCCCUUGUGAAAAAGACCCAAAUCUCGCCCAACACUGCCAUCUAUCGGUUCUCGCUUCCCAAGCCUACCGACAUCCUCGGGCUUCCUGUCGGCAAACACAUCUCGGUCUCUGCCAUCCUCGAUGGUAAGGAAGUCAGUCGCAGCUACACGCCCAUUAGCAGCGACGAGCAGAAGGGUUCUUUUGAUCUGCUCAUCAAGUCUUAUGAAAUGGGGAACAUUUCGCGUCACUUCACGACCCUCAAACUUGGCGACACCCUCCGGGUCAAAGGCCCCAAAGGCAACUUUGACUAUGUUGCUGGGUUAACCGGUUCCAUUGGCAUGAUUGCGGGCGGCAGCGGAAUCACUCCCAUGUUCCAGAUCAUCAACGCCAUUCUCCGGAACCCGAGCGACUCUACCGAGGUCAGCCUGAUUUACGCGAAUGUCAACGAGGAGGACAUCCUUUUGCGGAGAGAGCUCGAUGCACUUGCUGAGGCCCAUGACGACCACUUCAAAGUCUUCUAUGUCCUCAACAACCCCCCUGCUGGCUGGACUGGUGGCGUUGGCUUCGUUACCAAGGAUCAGAUCCACACUCAUCUCCCGCACCCGACUGACGAGGCAAAGAUUCUUAUGUGUGGUCCCCCUCCGAUGCUCAAAGCUAUGAAGACACACUUGGACGAGUUGCAAUGGCCAGCGCCGCGCACCGUCAGCAAACUUGCUGACAAGGUGUUCCUCUUCUAA